AUGUGUUUUGUAUUUUCCAAUAUUCUGUUUUUAAUUAAAAGGAAAAACACAAAAUCAGAAUUUCUUUUACCAAAAAUACAAAUUAAAUCAGAAUUUCAAGUUGUAUUUUUUUGUAUUUUUCAAAAUUCUGAUUUUAUAUUAUUUCAAAAACACAAAUUAAUUAAAAUCAGAAUUAAAAAUCAGAAUUAAUUUACAGUCCUUACGUUUUUGGUCCUUUCAUCCUCGGACCUCUUGUUCUUCAUCCUUUCAUCUUAUCGCCUUAUGUGUUGUCUCCGAACAUAUUAAAUCCUUAUGUUCUCUCACCCAUUAUUUUAAACCCUAUAGCUCUUUCUCC